GCGACAAUGACAGUCCUGCCGCAACACCAAAACGUGCCGCACAAUCGUCGGCCAAUCCUUUGCCAUGCGAUGUCGCUGCAGAGCCCGAGACUUCGACACUACAGGACCAUGACGGCGAUCUGCUUCGUCUGCAACCUGCCGAUCCUGAGCCACCAGGUGGGCCUGGUAUGGCAGGGCGGCAAUGGUUGGGACGACCUCAUGCGCGAGCAAGUCGAGGAGUCCACCCUCAAGCAGCGACUGGGCACCGGGCGAAGGGACUCGGCGGCGCAGAUCUCGCCGCCCAACGAGCUGCAGGAGCCCUCGCCGAUCAACCAGGGCCGGCGUCGGCGCUCCUCGCUGGCCCAGCUGACGGACAUCCUGCGGGAGUGGGGCGGCGCGGGGACCGGGGCCGGCAGCAAAACGGGGACGCGGAACAACACCAAGCUCAGCAGGAGGGAGACCCUGGCCGACAUAGCCAAGUCACUGCCCUGGUCCAGGCAGACCACCAACGACGCCAGCCACUUGGCGAACCUGCGCAAGAGGCGCGAGAGCUCCGUGGACAGUGGCAUACGCAGCCAGGCGUCGAGCAAGUCCGGCCGGCGCGACUCCUCGGCCAUCAGCGACCUCAAGAAUGACUUUGCCCGGCUGUGGGGCAAGAAGGACGCCCAGCCGCAGGUCCCGGCACAACCGCCCACCGUCAUCUCGCCCACGCCUCGGCGAGGUUCCGGGGAGUCGCGAAACUCCAGACGAGGCUCGGGCGAGAGCGGCAGGUCAAGAAAGGACUCGGUUUACGGCCAGUCACCGAGCCCCAACGAGCGGAUCCACCAGUGCAGGCACCACAGGCGCCGACAGUCCCAGCAGUCGGUUGACUUGGGCCAAGGCAACGCCAGCGCCGCCGUCAAGUACUACAGGAGCGACCAGCGUCCCAGUGCCUCCAGUACCGACAGCUCGGCCAGCAAUGCCGUCAGGGAGCAGCUCGAGGCGAGGAACCAGCAAAACGAGAGAUCGAGCAGCGCCGAUGCAAGGACAACGUCGACGUCGACGGGUACCGAGUCGACCACGAAAUACCUGACACUGGAGCCGCACGUGCAGGCGCCCACGAUAAUCACGUCUUCGGUGACGCCACCCGCGGUCUCGCCCACCACCAAAAACAACAGCCUGCAACCCCUGGCCCUGCCCGGCACGACCUCCGGCAGCUCCAGUCCCCUCGGCUCGCCCAACAUCGGUGGCACCCCCACGCACCCGCUCGUCUCCAGCCGCAGGGACUCGACCACCCAGUGCUACUACAAGACGAAGGAAACGUCGCCGAACAAGCUGAGACUGACCAGGCAGGCGACGGCGAUAGACGAGUCCCUUCCACCACCCGGCAGACGGGGCAGCCAGCCAACCCUGUCCCCGGACCUGGACGACGGAGGACACAAGGCGCGCAGGGACUCGCUCAGUCCAGACUCGGCGUCGUACCCGCGGCGCCGCGACUCGAGGAGCCACCUGAGCCCGGACAGGAACGCGGUCGACAAGCGGGACAUAAGCCCCAUCAGGUCGCGGAAGGGCAGACUGAGGAGACAAUCGACAUCGAUAGCCGGGCGGCCGCCUAGGUCACCCGACAGCUCGUCGUGCUCGUCGCGGGACCCGAGCCCGUGCGGCAGGCCGCCCAGCGCGCAACACGCACCUGUGAUACGAAGACAAUCAACCACCGAGGAGAUACUGAUAGCCCGGGGCUUUAGGCGCCAAAGCACCACGGAAGAGAUGAUACGGUGUAGGAACUUUCGCAGACAGAGUUCACAGAGCGACGAUCAGGUGCAGCGUUACCGGGGUCGCCGCGACAGCUCGGCGCAGAUAACGGACGGGACUUUCGCCUCGAUGACGGUCGAGACGUCGAGCACGUUUUUCGACACGAGCACGCAGACGGAGCCGUCCCCGCUCUACGAUAACAACCAUUACCACGAGGAGUGCCUGAAAUGUAACAGCUGCGGUCUCAACUUGACGGGGCCGAAUCAGAAGCGGGCGCGCAGGUUCAAGAACCACAUUCUCUGUGAUCUGCACUUUGCUGACGUGGCGCUGAUGGAGUGCUCGGACUUUAUGCAACAGUUGCGCAGCUUCAAGCCCCAAAGUUUAGGCUGCGCAGUUGCCAGGAGAAAGUCUUCGACGACCCUCAUUUUUCCUCUACCACCGCAAGCUUGUUCAGACGAGUUCUGCCAAGAGUUCCCGCACAACCUGAUCCCGACGCCGGGCUACUGGAUCGAGUGCUCGCGCCAACAGAUAAACACCGACACGAUAUACGAUGAGAGCGAGAGCGACCGCGAGGUCACGGACAUCGAGCAACAGACCGAGCUCGAGCUCCAGGAGCCCCUCCCGGCCCUCAACAGCGGCAGCAGUUGCUCGAUGCGCCACGCCAGUCGGCACGACUACUGCCUGUUCGAGGAGAACGAGCUCGACGGCGACGAGGUGCCCAAAAAGAAGACCGCCAUCGAGGAACAAUGGGAGAAGAACCAGGGCUUCGAGCUCACCUCCGUCGAGCAGGAGACGUACGAAAAGUACUUUUACGGGACCGAGCACUGGAACUACUUCACGAACGACGAGGACCUGGGCCCCGUCAUACUGAGCAUCAAGCAGGAGAUGCUCAACAACAGGGACCAGUUUCGCAUCCUCGUGCGGGCCAUCAGCUACACGGUCCACGGCCUCAUACCGGCCAGCUGCGUGUUUGCCGACAGGUACAACCGCGAGGAGGUGGUGCGAAGUUUGGGCAAGGAGGUCAACAUAAACCCACCCCUGACGCUGGGCCAGUUGCCCGACACGCCCGAGGAGCUGCUCAAACUCGACCAGGUGUUCAUCAAGUCGGAGCUCAAGGUCGGGGUGAUAUACGUCAAGGAGGGCCAGUACACCGAGGAGGAGAUACUCGACAACAACGACGAGUCGGCGAGCUUCGAGGAGUUUCUCAUGAUACUCGGGGAAAAGGUGCGGCUCAAGGGCUUCGACAAGUACAAGGGCGGCCUCGACACCGUCCACGACCUCACGGGCCUCUACUCGGUAUACACCAACUGGCGCGGCAUCGAGAUCAUGUUCCACGUCUCCACCCAACUGCCCUACGAGAAACACGACCCCCAAAAGCUCCAGAGAAAGCGGCACAUCGGCAACGACAUAGUCUGCGUCGUUUUCCUCGAGGCGGACAACACGAGCUUCAGCCCGGCUUGCAUAAAGUCGCACUUCCUCCACACGUUCAUCAUCGUAAGGGUCAGUCCGCGCAUUAAACGCAAAGUCACGAGGUACGAGGUGUCCGUCGUCACGAGGGACGAGGUGGGCGCGUACAAGCCCUACCUGUGGGAACAGAGCGUCUUCGAACAAACAGGACCCAUGUUUCGAGAGUGGAUCCUCACGAAGAUCGUCAACGGGGAGCGAGCUAGUUACUCGGCGCCAAAGUUCGCCAGGAUGCAGGAGAGGACGAGGAGCCAGAUGCUCGAGGACAUAGUGGCGAACUUGCAGAAUCACGCGGAGACGGGUCAGAUACCGAAGCCUUACAGGCGUGGGUCGUGGCGGCCGAUCGGGUGCAUGAGGCCGUCCUCGCCACUGCUCGACUCGGUGAGGGACCAGUUCGAGGACUACGACCAGCUGGCCAAGGACUUUACGAGGGUAUUUUUGAACGAUUCCGCCAACGUGGCCGUCAACGCGAACCUGUUCGACGUGUCGUUCCUCGUGCCUGGGCCGCACAAACAAAAAGUUCGAUUUAUCGGGGUACGGGCGAUUUUGGGCGUCAGGAGCCGAGUUUUUCAAGAGAUGCUUUACGGAAUCCAAGCUGGUUUCGGGAGCCCACAGGUGCCGGUUGCCGAGUUGUUGGCGCGGCCGGCGCCGACGCUGCUGAGCCCCCAAAAGCCAAAGAGCUCCAAUUUCCUUCAGGUCCCGGAUGUCGAAAGUCCAAGGCCUAAAAGCACUCCGUCGUCGCCGAUGGUCAAGCGCCACGCGAUCUUUUCACGCCUUGGCACGAUCACCGCGGGUUGGGGCCGGAGUAUCCGCAAGCACGGCAGCAACACCCUCUCGGGCGAGGACCGCAAGCGCUGGUCCAGCUCGCAAGACUGCAGAGACGCAAAGGACAAAGAAAAAGCCGCCGCCUCGCUGGCCGUGCCGCGCCUCAGCGUUUGCGCGGACGCCCAGAAAGUCGACAGGGCCAAACUAGCCCAGACAGAGUUCGACAUCAUAGAGUUCGACCCGGAGACGUUCCGCAUCCUCCUGGACUACCUGCACACGGGCUCGUGUCCCCUGACCUGCAGCAACAUACCCGGCCUCAUCUGCGCCGCCGAGCACUACGACCUGCCCGAGCUCCUCCAGGCGUGCUUCCACCACGCGAAGCAAUUCCUACGCAUCGAGAUCGUCUGCGUGAUGCUGUGCGCCCUCGAGAACUACUACUGGCGCUACACCUCCGCCUCGGAGCUCGUCAACAUGAUCCUCGCGUUCGUCGAGACCCGGGCCUUCCAGCUCUUCCAGAACCCGGACUUUCUCACCCUCAGCGAAUCCAUGGUCCAGAUGAUCAUGAACCGCGGACUCGAGUUGGUGGAGAUAAAGAAGUUCGAGGCUAUGCUCGGUUGGGCGAAAAACCGGAUAAAAAACAAGUCCGAGGCAGAGGCCAGCGUCGAGUUCAAGGGGAUCAUGGAGCGGCUCAGCAAGGACCUCAAGCUCUACAGGAUCACGCCCCAGGAGCUCAUCAAGAUUGUACUGCCGUCAAAGUCGAUAAAGCACGAGAGAAUCCUCGAGACUCUGAUGUACCAGGCGAACACCGGUAUCUACAGGAACGUCGAUCACUACCUCGAGGCCUACCACUCGAGCCGAGUGCAGAACCAGGAGAGCUUCGACGCCGGCUUUUAACUAAUCGCCACGUUUCUAUCGAGUCGAUAGUCUCAUCUAACAAACGAAGGACACGUACUCUCGGGAUAAUUAAUUGCCGAUCUUUGAUUUUGGGCAAAGCGUUGAAUACUUACCCCCUCCCCCCCCCUCACGUGUGCCACUCACGCGACGAUUGCGAGUGCGCGUGUAGGGUAUGUAUGUGCAAAUAUCGUGUACAUUUCCUAGACCUUUUUCACCUGCCUAAUGAAGCUUAGCAUUGGCCGUAGUUCGCGCUAGCUGUUUACGGUAGUUACGUUCGUCGGACGCGCUGAUUGUGGCGUCGAAUGGAGUACGCUGUUGUAGACAACGUUGAAGUACUUUUUUUUUUUUAGAGAGAUUUAAUUUUUUAUUAAAUUUCAGGCGUGUUUCGAUGACUCGUUAACAGUACAUUGGUUUUCGGUGCUCUUCGUGUACGACUUUAGUAUUUUAUUCCAAUUCAAUACUUUCGAGCGAAUAUAGAGACGAAAGAUUCCUAAUAAAAGACGCGUGU